AAGAAUUUUUUAGCUUCUUGUUGUAUUCCGACAAUGGGGGGUGCGAUUUCCAAUCCGGUGGAUCGGUUAAAAGAAAUCCUGGCUGAGAAGAAAGCUCUAAGUGAUAUGAAACGUACAUCAGGAGAUGAGUUCCCGGGUUCUAACUAUACUCCGAAUGAUCGAAAAAACUGGAUGUCAGGCCUCGACCCCGAAAAGGUUGUUGUUAACCAGAUUGUGUGGCCUGGUACACAUGAUUCGGCGACAAACGAGAUUGGAAUUCCGCUUGUUACUCGUCCUUUGGCGCAAUGUCAAUCCUUGUCAAUCUACCAACAACUGGUACUCGGAGCCCGCCUCUUUGAUAUCCGUGUCCAGAAAGAUCGUCUAGUAUGUCAUGGUAUUCUGACAACGUACAAUGUUGAUGUCGUGAUUGAGGAUGUCAAGAGGUUUUUGUCAGAGACAGAAUCCGAGGUUAUAAUCCUUGAAAUCCGUACUGAAUUUGGACAGGACGAUCCUCCCAAUUUCGAUAAAUAUUUAGAGGAUCAAAUAGGGGAGUUUCUUAUUCAUCAGGAUGACCAAGUUUUUGAUAAAACAAUUGCUGAAUUAUUACCUAAGAGAAUUAUAUGUGUGUGGAAGCCAAGAAAAUCAUCCCAGCCAAAGGCAGGAGGGCUGUUAUGGAGUUCCAGGUACUUGAAAGAUAACUGGAUUGAUACAGAAUUGCCAUUGACAAAAUUCAAAAGCAAUAUGAAGCAUUUGAGUGGGCAAAAACCAGUGAAUUCAAGAAAAUACUUUUACAGGGUGGAAAAUACUGUUACACCACAAGCGGAUAGUCCGAUUAUGUGUGUUAAACCGGUUACGGAUAGGAUCCGACCAUAUGCUAGGCUGUUUUUAUCCCAAUGCUUUUCGAGGGCCUUUCAGGAUCAGUUGCAGAUUUUUUCCACUGAUUUCAUCGAAGAAGAUUUUGUUGAUGCUUGUGUUGGACUUACGAAUGCGAGGAUUGCAGGAAAGGCUUGAAUCCUGUACAAGAAUCCCCUCGAGUGUGGAUUUGGUUGUCUUCUUUACCAAUGUUGUUUGUAAAAAUUGUUGUUGCUGUUGUUAUUGUUGUUGUUUAUGGCAUGUUUGGCAACAUAUAUACGACUAGACAGUAUUAAGGUAAGUAAAAUAGUCGUAUUUAGUAGUACCUACCAGACAUGCACUUGUGAAUUUUAUAGCGAUCCAACAUGUCGGUAAAAGGGAAGAAGGUUUUCCGGUCUUCAUUUUAGGUUGUUCUUGUGUAUAAUGUGUGCAGAUAGGAGUUAAAAAUUUGAACAA